AGGAAACAGACACAUUCUCUCAAACGUGGAUGUUCUAUUCUGCUUUUCAAAGAUUCUCCAUGUUCGGAAUAUGUUUCUUCGUCUGUUUCUUGGCAUGGUGUAUAACAGCAGACACAGAAAAAAAAUGCCCGGAAUUUACAGAUCUUAGUUUAGCAAAUGCUCUAAUGGGCACAGAUGUAAAAGUGCAAUUUCUUCUGUAUACAAGGAAAAAUCAAAACUGUUCUGAAAAUCUCAGUGGACAAAAUUUGACAACUUCUGUUUAUCUAAAUGUGACCAAGAAAAUUAUUUUUGUUAUUCAUGGGUACAGAUUUACAGGUUCUCCACCAGUGUGGAUUAAUGCAAUUAAAGAUAGUUUGCUUGCAAAAGAAGACAUUAAUAUUAUAAUAGUGGAUUGGAAUCGGGGUGCCACAACUUUGAUGUAUCCCACGGCUGCUUCCAAUACCAGGAAGGUGGCAGAAAUGUUGAAGAACCUUAUUGAUGAAAUGUUGGAAAAUGGAGCCUCUCUUGAUUCUGUUCACAUGAUUGGUGUAAGCCUUGGGGCUCAUAUAUCUGGAUUUGUUGGAAAGGCAUACAGUGGAAAAAUUGGUAGAAUAACAGGUCUUGACCCAGCGGGGCCAUUAUUUAGUGGAAAAGAGGCAACUGAGAGACUGGAUCACACUGAUGCUCAGUUUGUUGAUGUUAUUCAUACGGAUAUUAAUGCUUUGGGUUACAGAAAGCCUUUGGGAAACAUUGACUUCUAUCCAAAUGGUGGAACAUAUCAGCCAGGAUGUCCACAGACGAUAUUGGGAGGAUCUCAGUAUUUAAAAUGCAAACAUCAGAGAUCUGUUUUUUUGUUCAUUUCAUCUUUGGAGCAGAAGUGUAACAUAACAGCAUUUCUUUGUGACUCAUAUGUGGAUUAUAGAAAUGGAAAAUGUACAAACUGUGAUGUUUUAAAUCCGUGUCCAACAUUGGGUUAUUAUGCUGAUAAAUGGAAGAACCAUUUAAUUGAAAAGAACCCCCCUGUGACAACAGCUUACUUUGACACUUCAGACAAAGAGCCUUUCUGCAUGUAUCAUUACUUUGUGGAUAUCAUUACCUGGAACAAAAACAGUAGGAGAGGUUUUAUAAGAAUCCAGAUAGCAGAUAAUACAGGAAAUAUAGCAGAAUCUAAAAUAGAUAGUGAUGCAGCAGUAUUUCAGCAAUAUAGACAAGCCAAGAUCCUUGCUGGAUUUUAUCUGGAUUUUUACAGUAUAUCAAAAAUUACCUUGACAUUUUCUACAAAUAAUGUAGUAGGACCAAAAUACAAGCUUAGGAUCCUCCAAAUGAGAAUAAGAUCCCUGUCAGAUGCAAAAAGGCUUCAUCUAUGUAGAUAUGAUUUUAUACUACUGGAAAAUAUUGAAACAAGCUUCAGGCCUAUUCCCUGCUAUGAAAAUGAUGAAUGAAACAGACUCUAGUAAAUGUGCCUUGUCUUAUACAUAAAGGCAACAAUGAGAAGUGACAUAAAGACUGAAUUCCAAUCACUGGGGCUACUUUUGAUGGCCAUAGAAUGAAGUUGUACAAGAAGUUCAGUUAUUUGCAAUGUGUGAAAGAUGGUUUUUUAUUAGCAUAACUUGAAUCAAGCAGCAUAACUUUUCAUCUCUGAUUAGACUUAUACUAGAAAUUUGUACCCAAGACUACUAAUUUAAUUUGAUAUCCUUCAGAAAUUGCAGUGUCGUGCACAGAAGUAAAGUACAUAUUUUUCUCAGUAACUUUCAUAUUCUGUACAAGGACCUUUUUCAAAUUGAUGCCUGAAGUGAAAGAACCAAGCUUGUUCCAACAAUCCCUUUGUGCAAGUGUUGAGCUAGAGAAGUCCUUUUUGGGAUAUGAGGGGACUACUGUGCAUAUUAGGGACUAAAAACAGGAGUGGCUAAACUGAGGAAGAUUUGAAUAAAUAAGGUAUUUUGGAAUAUCAGUGCUUCAAGCUGGGCAAAGAAGUGAUAUUUCAUAUGCAUAGAACUUGUGUUCAACUUGUUCCAUGAACCUAACUAUGGUGGAUUCUACACAGGACAAAUAUAAUGGAUGUAGAGUGCAAUACAAACCAUUGGAGGGGGGGGGCUACACU